GGAUUGAUCCAGAUCUUCUUAUUUUUGAAAGACUGACACCCAAAGAGCCAAAUACUCACUCAUCUAUUCAAUAUGAAAGGCAAAACAGCACAAGGACCACUGACUGGGAGAGAUGUCAACAUCAUGAUGCCACAUCAAGUUCUCUUCUGCUCCAAGCUCCAUCUACUAGCACUAGCCGGGGCUUAACAGCGAACACCUACACCUCCAGCACAAGCCUGAUGGUCCAAAAAACGGAAGUUACUACUUAUUCCAGUUCGGAAACCUUCCUACUGGAUGAUCAUUUUGCUAAGAGGACAAGCACAACUUCAGUAAGCACUAGGUCAAUCACCAGCUCAGACAAAAAGACUGUACGCUCAACUUCGAUACCCAAGUCUGCCGAGGUAUCAUCCCACAUGCACACUCCUCCUCGUCUGAACAGCAGUAAGCAACACUUAAAUGAAACCAAAGGCUAUAGUGGUAGGAAUUACACUUCAGAUAAUGAGGUGCCUGCUUGGGAAGCUGCGGCUUUGGGUGUCUGGUUGAUUCCUGUUGUGCUUUGCUCUUCUCUCAUCUUCCUUUGCUGCUGUACGGUUGCUUUCACAGCAGGGUGUUGCAGAAAUAGAAGAGGUCAGUAUAAGCCCAUAAGGAGAACAAUAAUGUCGAGACGAUUCACAAAAUGUACUACUGUCAAAGGUAAUUUGUAA